UCCAAGAGAAAUAUAAUGUCUGGACGUGGUAAGGGAGGUAAGGCUCGUGCAAAGGCCAAGAGCCGAUCAUCCCGUGCAGGGCUUCAGUUCCCUGUCGGCCGUGUGCACCGUUUCCUGCGCAAGGGCAACUAUGCUGAGCGUGUCGGUGCCGGCGCACCAGUCUACCUGGCCGCCGUGCUGGAGUACCUGACCGCUGAGAUCCUCGAGUUGGCCGGCAACGCUGCCCGUGACAACAAGAAGACCAGGAUCAUCCCCCGUCACCUUCAGCUGGCCGUCCGUAACGACGAGGAGUUGAACAAGCUUCUGUCUGGCGUGACCAUUGCCCAGGGAGGUGUCCUGCCCAACAUCCACGCCGUGCUCCUGCCCAAGAAGACUGCUUCCAAGUCCAGCUAAAUAUUGCCCGAAGAAUAGAACACCCCGGCCCUUUUCAGGGCCACCCACAUCCUUCCAAAAGGACUAUCGUUGAUCACAAGUCAUAU